AGGAAUGCUUUUAAUGAUAACAACGUCCAUCCAGAAGAAGAACGCGUGGAAAAUGAAAUGGAAAAUGAAAUGGAACCGAAUGGUGACCCCCUCAGAAAUGUUAAUCUUCCAUGGAAUAAAGAUCCUUUA